AUGAAAUCGCACCCGACACCGGCGCUAAGUGACCGCAAGCAAAAACGUUGCGGUUUAGCAAUGGAAUACCAACUUCGUCAAAACGAUCGCAGUGAAUGUAAAGCUCGCAAGACAUUAGGUGUGAUCAUGAGUGUGUUCAUCUUCUGUUGGUUGCCAUUCUUCUCGCUAGCGUUGCUCAAGUCAUGUUUACGCCUUCAAGUGCCGUACUGGUUAGAUGUGGUCACAUUGUGGCUAGGAUAUUCCAACAGGUAA